AUGGCUUCUAUCAGUGAAAAAAAGGAAGUCGACGCGGCUACCAGUCCUGAAGCGAAGCAUGUUACUACUUCGCCGUCAUCCAGUAGUGUUGCGGAGGCUGUCAGCAUCAACGAAAAGUCUUUACUUCGCAAGUUAGAUUAUCGGCUGCUACCACCUUUGACACUACUAUACUUGCUAUCAUUUCUAGAUCGAAGCAAUGUUGGAAAUGCGAAACUUGAAGGAAUGACUACCGAUAUUAAAAUGACUGGAGACCAAUACCUCACCGGUCUUACCUUAUACUUCGUCGGCUACGUCCUAUUUGAGAUCCCAUGCAACAUCAUCCUUAAAAAGGCAACACCAAGAACCUGGCUUCCAACCCUAACUCUGAUAUGGGGAGUGGUCGCAACUUUACUGGGCGUGGUCCAGAAUUACUCCGGGUACCUCGCCUCACGAUUCUUCCUAGGUGUCGCAGAAAGUGGCCUGUUUCCCGGUGUGGUCUACUAUAUCUCGAUGUGGUAUAAGCGAAAUGAGCAGCAUUAUCGAGUUAGUCUGUUUUUUAGCGCUGCGAGUCUUGCAGGUGCUUUUGGUGGUGUCCUUGCUUGGGGAAUCUCGCACAUGGAUGGCGUUGGGGGUUAUAGUGGAUGGCGAUGGAUAUUUAUUUUGGAAGGACUGGUCACCGUGAUCGCUUCUGUUAUCGCUUACUUCUGGGUAUACAACUACCCAUCGACGGCGGAAUUCUUAUCACCCGAGGAGCGAGAAUUCAUUCAAUUCCGUUUGAAGAAUGAUAAUGAUGCCACGCGGGAUGAGAGCUUCACCUGGUCUGCAGUACUGGAUGCGUUCAAGGAUCCAAAGGUCUGGCUAUACUGUCUAGGCUUCCAUACCAUGUCGCUGCCAUUAUACACAUUGUCCCUUUUUCUGCCCACUAUUAUCAAGGAACUUGGAUACUCAGCGGCUGAAGCACAACUCCUCUCCGUCCCUCCCUAUGCCGUAGCCUUCGUGAUGACGCUAAGUGUCGCCGUCGCGUCGGAGAAGCUUCGCGUCCGUGCGCCCUUUAUCAUGGGCACAUCGGCCCUCGCCUGCAUCGGCUAUAUUCUGCUGCUAACCGACCACAGAGCCGGCGUGUCCUAUGUGGGUACGAUCUUUGCUGCUGCGGGUAUUUAUCCAUCGGUCGCUAUCGUGCUGUCUUGGCCUGCGAACAAUGUUUCUGGGCAGACGAAGCGGUGUAUUGCCAAUGCGCUACAGAUCAGUGUUGGGAAUAUCGGUGCCGUGAUUGGGACGCAGUUGUACCGCACUGAAGACAGUCCGCGAUAUUUCCUUGGACAUGGCUUUGCACUAGGAUAUUUGGUUGCUAACAUCUUUGUUGUUGGCAUUUUGUGGUUGGUGCUGCGGCGGGAGAAUGCUGGAAAGGUUCGGGAGAUGGAUGCUAAGGGGUUGAAGCCGUUUGGCGAGGAUAUUGGGGAUGGAGAGGGUGAGUUCUUGGGUGACAAGGAUCCUCGGUGGUUGUUUCAGACAUAA